AUGGCGGACAACAAUCAUGACGACAACGACGAUGACGAUACGACCGACGGCACCUCGGCAUCCGAUAGUUCUACCUGCAUGACUAUAUCGCUGCAGAGAGAUCAAGUCGUUGUGAUCCCCAAUCUUCCUCCUCCCACCGUCCAAGACAGCAGUGCGAUCCGAGCCAUCACCAUCGCCAUUGCGGACAACUUUGUGCAACUCACAGAUGCCGGCAUUCAGCGACUGGAAGAUAUUCUGACGAGACAUGACAAUCUGGAAUAUAUCAAUAUAGAGCGCUUGACACAUGCGGUGACGUCAAUUUCACUUGGAGCCUUGAUCCGGAUCUUGUGGCUACCCAAUCUCGCCAAAUUGACCGACUUGAGAAUACUGGGCGCCAAUCUGUUGGGAAGUCCCGACGAAUGGCAGCAGUUGGCGCAUGCCAUCCUUCGCGAUCAUUUGCAAUCACUGGCAUUUAUCUGUAUUGUGGAACCAUUGACUUGGUUGUCACGCAUCCCAGAGCGGGCACUGGAUCCGCUGGUACGCGUCUGUGCCAACCACCCCACGCUCAAGUUUGUGGCCACCAACCUAUUUAGUGGAGUUUCCUUGGCGGCCAUUGAUGACUUUUGUCAAUCGCCACAAAUCAUGGGAUUGCACUUGGUGGACACCGAUGUAUCGGGGGACCGGGUGUUUCGAUUCUUUCAACAGAUGCAGUCCAACUCCAAGGUAUGGUUCCUCAGCAUUGCCUUUGCCGAAACUGUCUCCACGGAACACGGAAAAGCUAUUGCCCAAUUACUAUGCCACAAUAGAGCCAUUGCCAAUCUGAGUGUCAAAAGCAAACAACCGCUACACGAAGAUUUUUUGGUGGAACUACUGCAAGGCCUGGCCAAGGCACAGAAACUAGAAGAGUUUUCUCUAGAAGGAUCCGGAGACGGACUCGUCAUUAGCGAUUCGUGUCGGGCCAGAAUUGGCACCACGCUCGAAGAAAAUAAAGUUCUACGCAAGCUGCAGUUGGAUGGAAUUCAGAGUGACACACUGAGAGAGGAAAUUGAUAUCUUUAUGAGGCUCAACCGUGCCGGUAGACGACAUCUCUUGGGCUGUGACGACAAGACGACGCCGACGAGCAGGCAGGAUUGGAUGGAUGCUCUGGGCAACCACAAUACAAGGAACGACCUGAACUGCCUAUACUACUUGCUUUCCAAGAAUCCAGAAGUUAUUUACUGCCAGGACCAACCCAAGCAGCAACAAGAAGAACCGCUACCAACAAAGAAACGAAAAGCCGACGAUAUAUCAUCAGAUGGGCAACACCCCUACUUUGAGGGAAAACAACGAAGAUUUGACCUUCAAGUUCAGUUCCGACUAAAGCAGAACGCCAAGACCAUGUGGUAUGGAGUUGAGCUAGAUGAAAGCCUUAAUCUCGGAACACUGCAAAGAAUGACUACAAAGGCUGCGCUUGGUUUCUGCCAGAAAAUGAACCCAGGUGCUUUCCACAGCAGCAUCUCCACGGAUCCUUGCAUGGUCUUCAAGGUUGACAACAGCAUGGACCGCAUUGCUCAGACUGCACCUGGUGACCUUCCACCAUGUCUAGGAGAAGCUGUUGAAGAAUCAUCUGAGUCAAUCCAAAGGCGCAAAAAGGCAGGUGUUGAGUGGAAUACAAACGAUACCUACACCAUCUCCUGCUUUAGCUCCUACUUUGACUUCUUGACCUGGUCUAUCAUGAAUAUGCCAGGACUGCCAACUAUUGAUGCCACCAAAUUGGUUGGAAAUCAGCCCUUUCGGUUUGUCAUGUACACUCUCAAGGACGAGGACGGAUCCCAUACUCCUGAAAACAAAGACUACAUCUUCAACUUGGAGCUCAGUAACACAGAAAAAAAAAACGUAGUCUUGGCCUGUGCUCAAAGAAUGGAUCGGAGCAAAGGAAAAGAGAAGGAAGCUGAAUCCGGGCCUCUAUCAGGCGCCCAGCUCGAAAGUCCAGAGCCGGCAGGUUGUUGA